UAUUAGUGUUUACAAGGUAUUUAUCACGAAGGUUGUAAUUGUUUAUAAUGUAAAUACCGAGCAACCAUCAAGAACUAGACUAGAACUCGCCACAUCACUAUGUUCCGUGCACGCGGAAAUGCCGUCCAAAGCAUGCCGUAUAUUACGCCAARAGAAGACUAUGAUAUCGAUAUGAUACCAUUACCAGAAACUGGCCAUACAAACGAUGGUUAUGAAAACACCAGAGAAACCACAAGCAAUCUUUAUGAAGACCCGUCAACAAUCGCUCCACCUUUCAUACUAUCGCCCAAUGAUACCAGACACAGGAAUAAUGGCUUGUACGAGCCUUUAGGUCCACUUGCUUGGCAAGUACGAAAAGACCAUCUUAACCGUAGCAAAGAUUCUUGCUCGAAUCGGCUUGUUCUGUUUUUGAUCCUCACUGUGUCUGUUGUUGCACUUGUCCUUGUUGCUCUGAUGAUUACUGGUUACAUAGGACCAUCAUGUCUGUGUUCUAGCCAAGGCCCACAGCAACAAAAAUCUUCCAGUUCUAUUGUGUCCAUGGAGCCAAUCAUGGAGGAGUUAGAGAGGAUGAAAAGAAACAUGUCUCAUGUGAACACCAUUAUGAUGAAGCAAGAAUCGACAGUAAACGACCUGAAAACAAAACUCACGUCAGCCUGGCAGGCAAUUGAUAUCCUCGAAACCAAAUUAGGGCAGAGGAAUAUAUCCAAUUUAAAUAUGAAAACAAUACAACAGCAACUUGAAAAUAUGGAAAAKGAGUUGAAAAUAACCGACAGUAGAAUGGAAAAAGAGAUAAUUAGCCUUYAUUCAAAGGUAUUUGUGAUGAUACUUAACAUAAAAUUAACCAAAAAGAAAUUAAGAGCGAGUCUUUCACUAAUUCAGGGYAACGACACCAGGACAUUGCUUUUUCAAGCAGAAAGCGACAUAACUGCACUUUGGAAGACGGUGGAYUUGAGCAAGAACCAGACGCAUUCUCUAUCAAGUAUGGUAUCAGAGAUGAACAACACUAUCAACAUACAGCACCAGGACACGAUCAACAAAAUAAACACAAAGACAAGUGAAUUAGCGAAUAAAGACAGAAUUUUACAAGAAAAUUUACAACAGCUAAACAGGACGUUAACAAAUAAGGUAGCAAACGUUUCCAAGAUGGCGGGUCCUAURGGCCCACGUGGCUUCAACGGUACUCAAGGACCUAGGGGAUACACGGGCAUAAACGGAUCUACCGGGUUUAAUGGAUCKAACGGUGCCCCUGGACCUCAGGGGAUGCAAGGAACUCCGGGUGCAGGAAAYCUUUCCCUGUGCGGGUACAAGGAGAGCACACAGAAGGCAAGCGCAGAUGCCUUGGCCCAAACUAGCAUUAAGAUUUGGGAAGCGGCGGACAAGCGAAUCACUGGGGUUUACUGCCACUCGAAUCGAGCAGCUUUGGUGAACCUCGUUUCUGCUGAAAGGAACAGUUUAAGGCUAUACUCAUGUGAGUGCAAAGGCGAAACGUCCUU